AUGGCGUCGAGUUCUGGCUCCGCUGUGAACGGAGCUUUCAAGGUUGGUGGGCUUGCCGAGCUGCUUACCGACGAGUUCGCCGUUUACGGCUUCCCCCGUGGGGAAGUGGUGAAAGUGCUGGAGAUCGUCGAGGGCGGCCCCCUCGAAGGGGGGGCUCUCAUCAAAGUCGCUCUCGGCACAGGCGGCAUCGUGGCUUACCCGGAGCAGGACAGCCUCCUGGCGCUGGAGGUACAGAUCACUUCACGCGCAGUGCCGCAACGCCGCACUCUGGACGCUGCGUCGCCAAUGCCGGACCAGCCGCCGGGCACUGCUGUGGAACCUCCCUGUGCAGUCCCUGAUCCGCCGCUAGCGCAGCCAUACGCCCCUCAAGGAGCAAGCAGCUCUCGCACGGAUGAGGAGGGCCCUAGAGUGCCACAGCACAACCACAAGGUUUCGAUGACACUAGCGGCCGAUCCGCGAUGCCGACAGAUGUGCCGAAUGCCGGAGCCCCUCGUUUACUUUCUACAACCUUCGCGUCUGGUGUGCCUGCGGCUCUGGACGAAGGCAGAGAUGGGCUCGUAUGCCACCAAUGUGGUGGAUGCAAUGCUGGCGGUUGUGCACAAGCAGCGGACUCCAAAAGACGUCCAUCGCAUCGACAGGCCCCAGGGAGAAUGCCCGAUACUGGAGCAGCUGCAUGCGGAGGGCGUCUGGCGCUCGGAGGAUUACAGUGCGUUAGCCUGGAUAGACUGCCCCGACGGCAGCAGCCUGCGUGCUGUGGGCUUGGCGUCGCGCCUGCAGGAGCGCACCAGGGCGAUGCACCUUGCCCUGGCGACGACGCUCGCGCUGGAGCUGCUGAAAGAUGGGAAUAGCCGCUUGGCGCAGACUACACGCGCAGUCAUGCGCGAGUUCCCCGUCCUGGAGAACCUCGUGAAGCAGGUUCGGUGGAUCAAAGAGCGUGCGGAUGGAGCGGUGCCGCCACCUCCGACGCACGAGGAGUGCUACGACUUCGCCAAGAAGGUCUACUCGUUGGAGUUCCAUGAGAACCCGAACCUCUGGUUCAGCGUGGGCCGCAUCGGUGGAGAGAACGUCUGA